AUGACACAGACAAGCAACCCUCAAUUUGCGAUAGCUCGUUCUGUUAUAUGCUCUACUUCAGGUGCAAUCUGUUUAGUAAUCCUUUUUAUUCUAGUUGCAUAUGUACUUCGAUACGACAGUCAAUUUUCCUUUUUCUCGUCGGUGAAAUUCAUUGUUGCAGACCUUCUCUCCGAACCCAUCGAAUCCAAUUACAAGUGGUCGGUGAAAUUCAUUGUUGCAGCCCAAAUGACCGCGAUUCUCUUCGGGUCCAUAUCCCCAAUAUGUCGAUGGUUCACCGUGACUUGGUUCAAAUUUACAGGAGGGCCAAAAUCAAGCUUUAGAGAUUUGUGGACAGUCGAGGAAUACUGGACAGAGAGAUUAAGAGAAUUGAAAGAGUCGCAGUCACGGUUGAAUUGCCGCCUUUUGAAAUUACAAAAAUGGAAUUGGAGAGCUCUGUUUCUGGAUAUUUGCAUUAUGUUCCAGAUUUUCACCGUUAUUUCAUGCAAGUUCCUCAGUUUUAUCUCCUUGGCCUAUUUCCUUCCCUUCCAGAUUAUCUUAGUCUUAAUAAAACUUCAAGAGCUCUGUUUCUGGAUAAAGAAGAAAGAGACAGUGGAUACCCGAAAAAAAUGGGAUCCUGAGUGGGAACUAAAUCUUGAAAAGGAAACAGAGUUUCCCAAGCAUACAAUAAAGAAAAUUGUUAGUGCUGCUAAUGGUUAUAUCAAGAAAGGCAAGAAGAAGGCAGAUUCCAUGAAACUAAUCAAACUUCUCAACAAAGCAGAUGGAUUUGACGGAAUCGAGAAAUUCAAUCCAAUUCUUAUUCAAAGACUUACCGGAAUAGCCAUAGGCGGCGUUCCAAAUAAUCGGAAUGGCAGUUGGACCAUGAUGGUUGUGACACUUUCCACCAUAGCAGUCGCCUGCCCAAACACAACAUGGGAUUGCGAUGAGUUUGUACUUAUGGUGAGCAAUGUCCUUCCCUAUGUCAUAUAUGUGGAUGAAAUUGUUGGCGUUGGCUCAAAAGUUGAGAAUAUUAUUGAUCUUGUGGACGCUGCCAUGGUUGUGUGGUUUGAUGUCCGCUUUUCUAGACGAUGGCUAAAAAACACCAACUUGCCAAUCCAGACCACUGAGAAUAAUUCUUUGAAGGAGAAACUUACAAUUCUACAAGAAUCCAGCACGAAGUAUGUCAAGAAUGCAACAACCGGAAUUGAUAAACUGAGAAUCACAGCAGCAGAAUGGAUGAACGAAACGGUUGAGAUUGUUCUACAAUUCUCUGAAAGGGGUCACGAAGUUGAUGAUCUGUCCGAAAAAAUAUCUGGAAUGGUUGCUGAUAUCUUAGCCGCGUGCUUGGUAAAUCUAUCAAAAGCCAUAACCAUAAAGAUCUCAGACACUCCCAUUGAAAAAAGAGAGGAUGUGGUGAAAGAGGCCGCUAGCAUAUUUGGAGAAACAGAACAAGUUCGACAAUUUGCGGAGAAAAGACUUUCCUCUGCUGCCAAAGAUCACAAGGAUUACGUAGAGGCCUCUUGGUGGAAGGUUGUGAUUAAUAAACCGCUAAUUGAAGACACGAUAAAAGAUUUGAAGGCGUCUCAUGUUUCUACCUACGAGCAUAAGAUAAACAUCCACGACCACACAGAUGAUGCAUGA